AUGUCAGGGGAAGCGCCGAGGUGGGGUGACUCACUGAAGCUCACAAGCUCUUUGCUCCUAGGUGUCUUCACAAAACCCUCCAUCUCAGCCCACCCCAGCCCUCUCAUGCGUGCAGGAGAGAAUGUGACCCUCCGCUGUCACUCACUGCUGUGGUUUGACGAGUUUAUCCUGCACCAAGAAAAUAGCCCAGGGCAUUUCCAGAGACAUGGACAGAUACUCACUGGUGGGCAUGUCCCAGCUGACUUCUUCAUUGGCCCCAUGACUUCAGUGAAUGUGGGCACCUACAGAUGCUAUGGCUCUCUCAGACACUCCCCCUAUGUGUGGUCAGCUCCCAGCGACCCCGUGGACAUCAUCAUCACAGGUCGGUCCAGGAAACCCUCACUCUCAGCCCAGGGGGGCCCUUUGGUGAGGUCAGAAGAGAACGUGACGUUGGUCUGCAGCUCGGAGAGUGCCUUUGACCAGUUCCAUCUGCUCAAGGAGACGGAGGACCUUGGGCAGCUGCUCUCUGUAGGGUGGGGCCCCCGUGGAGCCCUCCAGGCAGAGUUCCCUCUGGGUCCUGGGACCCCAGCCCACAGCGGGGUCUACAGGUGCUACGGCUCCUUCACACGCUCUCCCUACUCAUGGUCAGACCCCAGUGACCCCCUGUUCCUGUCUGUCACAGGUGAGGAACCUCUUCCUGGCCCAUGCUUUGUUCUUCAUGUUCAGUCGCUAUGUUGUGUCCAACUCUUUGCGACCCUGUGGACUGGAGCACGACAAAGCACCUCUGACAUACAGGUGAUUCCCAGUUAA